AUGCACUGGUCGCGAGUGUGGGAUUUACCCAUCAAUCCUACAAAAUGUCAUUACAUGUCCAUUGGCCGGCAGCCCAGUCCAAGAGUGUACCACCUUAUGGACACUCCCUUACUGGCGUCCGCAUGCGAACGGGAUCUCGGAGUGCUGGUUUCCAGGUCGCUGAAAACCAAGGAGCAGACUGACAACGCUUGCGCCUUGAGUUGGAAAAUCCUUGGAGCCAUUCGUCGUUCGUUUUCCAAACUCUCAUACGACGGUUUUAAGGCAUUGUACACCUCCCACACCAGACCUCGCUUGGAGUUCGCGAGCGCCGCGGCAUAUCCCUAUACAACUGCUGAAAUGGUGAAGCUGGAGAGAGUCCAACGAGCUGCCACCCGUAUGAUUGCCGGGUUACGCGGGUGUUGCUACACCGAACGAUUGCAUGCGACUGGAUUGUUUCCGGAGUCCUAUCGUCGAGUACGGGGUGAUAUCAUCUGUGUGCGACGUAUUCUUCGCGGUGACAUGGGUCCAGAGUUGAUGGAGUAUUUCCCUCUGCGCGAGCAGACCAGGACUCGUGGACAUGGACUUACGCUGUUGAAGCUUUCGUCCGUAGGAUUACCUCUUCGGUUCCGGCUAUCGCGAAGGGUAACCAAUCUUUGGAACUCCCUUCCAGCUGACGUGGUGGAAGAGGUCAAUGAUAAGAUGUUCAAGAGGAAGCUCGACAGCGUCCUGCGAACAAUGUGGUAUGCAGAUCUAUCAUGA